AUGGAUCCAGUCACAGAACUACACCACCUCAGGUACACAGGGAAGACAGAUGGAAGGAGGCAUUUGGCCAAAUUUGAAAGACUAGUUGCUGAGGCAUACCCUGGUGCCAAAGAUUCCGACAGAUGGCACUUAUUUAUCAAAACAAUUCAACCGGAUAACAAACAACCAAUUGCUAUUGACAGCCCUGGAGGCUGGUUGAUUGGUUUCAGCAAAACCGAUGCAUGGAAAUCUGGUCGUUUAACCUACCAACACCUCAAGGCUGCCUUCUUGGACAGAUGGGCUGGUCGAGGUCGCCGGGAUACGGACUCCCCGACCGAGAGGCGGAUGAUCGAAGGACCCUCAUCACCAGAAAGCGAAGCUUCUUAUCACAGCGGCCCCACGAAAACAACAAUUGAAAUCGACCAUAGCAACAAACAAAAGAACCAAAUUGUGGUCAGCUUCCCUGAUCGAGUUAAGCGAAGAAAGUCGUUCGGCGGCGGUGGUAAUCUUAGUCGACCACGCCACCCGGGUGGAUAUCCUAAUGAUUCCAUGGAAUCUCCGUAUUCUUCAGACUAUUAUACCCGCUCUCCGAGCCCCAGCGAUAUCGAUGGCCCUCCACCACCAUCUCUACCACAACCAAAGCAAUUACAGCCUAAGGAAGUUGUUGUUGUCGUCAAUGAGGAGAGAGCUCUUGCUAGAGUAGAACCCCCAACAGCACCACCGGCCGCUGCGGCUCCGGCUGCACCUCUUCGAUCUAGGCUACUAGAGGGUCGAGUUUGUGCUAUAACUGGCGCUUCCAAAGGUAUCGGGAGAGCAAUUGCAAUGGGCUUUGCACGAGAAGGUGCCCAUAUCAUCGCCCAUUACUGGGGAUCGUCAGCAGACUCCACAAACGACGAAAUUGUCAGCCUCGCCGUUGAUAUCAGAGCAGCAGGACAGGGCUGUACCCUCCUUUUUGGUGAUAUCAGUGACCCAAAGACGAGCGAAAUGAUCGUAAAGAAAGCCGUUGAUGCUUAUGGCCGCCUUGAUGUCUUGGUUACUUGCGCUGGAAUGGCUGGCUUAGACCCUAUGGACAUGACACCAGAAGACUUCGCUCGUUUCUCGGCCGUUAACUACGAAGGAACAUACCAUCUCCUUCGUCUUGCCGCCAACCAAAUGGCGUCCCAGAACGUUGAUUUAAAACCUGAGGACCCUCGUCCCGACUACUCUGUCAUCUGUGUUUCCUCUUCUAAUCCUUCGGAAAUCGGCAACCACAAUACACCAGCAAAGGCCGGAAUGGCCGCCCUCGCCCAUUCUUCUGCUUUAUCACUAGGAAGCAGAGGUAUUAGGUGCAAUACUAUUCUUGCGGCGAACAUCGAGAGAUCAGCAGAGCCACUAGAGGGCACUGCUGAGGAAAGGAGAAAGAUCCUGGAGAGAAUGAUUCCUCUGAGGAGAGUAGGUAGACCUGAUGAUAUUGUUGGACCAGCAGUGUUCUUGGCUAGUGCGAUGUCACGGUACCUUACUGGGACAACAGUAACCGUAGAUGGCGGAUUUGCUGGCUCUUUCUGA